AUGGGGAAAGAGAAGGAGAGCAAGAGCAGCUACCAGCUGAAAGUGCCCAAGGGUACGAAGGACUGGGACGGCAAGGAUAUGGUCAUUCGCGACAAGAUCUUCAGCACCAUCACCGAAGUCUUCAAGCGUCACGGAGGAGUCACGAUCGAUACACCCGUUUUCGAGCUUAAAGAAAUCCUUGCCGGCAAGUAUGGCGAAGACAGCAAACUCAUCUACGAUCUCGCAGACCAGGGCGGCGAGCUCUGCUCAUUACGAUACGACCUCACAGUACCAUUUGCACGAUGGCUGGCCAUGAACUCAAGCGUGCAAAGCAUAAAGAGAUAUCACAUCGCAAAGGUAUAUCGAAGAGAUCAGCCCGCCAUGACCAAAGGCCGAAUGCGAGAAUUUUACCAGUGCGACUUCGAUAUUGCAGGAACCUACGACCUAAUGCUUCCCGACGCCGAGAUCAUCAAUAUUCAGGUGGAGGUCUUCGAGGCGCUAGGAUGGAGUGGACAGUACACAAUUAAAAUCAACCACCGCAAGAUCUUGGACGGCAUCUUCCAGGUCUGUGGUGUGCCGGAGGAGAAGAUUCGCACGAUUUCGUCAGCAGUCGACAAGCUUGACAAGUCACCGUGGUCAGAAGUCCGCAGAGAAAUGACGGAAGAGAAGGGUUUAGAUCCGGAGAUCGCGGAUCGGAUAGGAGAAUAUGUUGUGCUGAAGGGAGGCGAGGAGCUGCUGGCCAAGCUCCAAGCCGAUGCGAAGCUCUCCGCCAACGAGUCAGCUAAGAAGGGUCUGGAAGAUAUGGCAUUGCUCUUCGACUACCUCAAGAUCUACGAAUGCAUGGACAGGAUCUCAUUUGACAUGUCAUUAGCUCGAGGCCUUGACUACUACACUGGUGUCAUCUACGAGGUCGUCACCGAAGGCUCUGCACCUCAAACAUCCGAAGGCCAAGCAAUUAAGCAGCAAGGCAAGGGAGAAUCAAAGCCCAAGAAGGGAGCUUCAAACGUCGAUGGCGAGGAGGAUAGAUCGAAUGACCCUACUGUCGGCGUUGGAUCGGUCGCCGCAGGUGGCCGGUAUGAUAAUCUGGUCAACAUGUUCAGCGGCAAAGGCCAGAUUCCUUGCGUCGGUAUAUCUUUCGGUGUGGAGCGUAUCUUCAGCAUAACCAAGCAGAGACUCGCCCAAGAUGCUGCAUCAGCCCCAAUACGCACUAACGAGGUCGACGUAUACGUGAUGGCGUUCGGCAGUGGCCUUUUGAAGGAACGUAUGGCAGUUGCAAAGCGACUGUGGAAAGCUAGCAUCAAGGCAGAGUUCAGUUGGAAAGCCAAACCCAAACUGCCGCAGCAAUUCAAGGCUGCCGAGCAGAACGGCGUCCCUUUGGCAGUGAUUCUUGGCGAGGACGAACUCAAGGACAACAAAUGUAAGCUCAAGGUGAACGGCCUUCCAGAUGAUCACCCAGAGAAGAGCGGUGUGCUCAUCGACAUGGCCAACCUUGAGGAGGAAGUCACGCGGAAGAUUGCCGAGCUCAACGGCGCCGCGAAAAUUACGAACGGCGUGAGUGCUGUGUCUCUAUAGAAAUGAUGCGAUAGAUACCCGCUUACAAUUUGCAUGACUAGCCACG